UUCUCAUACAUUUUGUAUUCUGCUCAAUCGAUUCACCCUUAUUGAUCCUACGGCGCACACCCGCCACAUUGUAAGACUAUCCUGUACACACACAUUCCACCUCCCAAAAGAUAAUGGCGCUUUCAGUUGUGGAAACUUAUAACCAAGCAUUCUCGAUCGUAGCCAUGCUGUUCGCCGCACUAAUAUCCCCGCUGCACUCGAUUCUGAUCGGCACGACGUCCACGCGCGCAUCCAAAAUGCCCCAAGACCUGACUGUCGCCGAGAAGAAAAACGAGCUACGCAUGCUACAUAAGCGCGCACGCCAGCUGGACAAGAAAUUGUCGAUCGGAUGGGGCAAGCCCACCGAGUUCACGCUGUUGGCCAUGCUUCCCAUCGUGGGUGACUACAUGUCGACAACCCUGGCCAUCGACUAUCUUCGCCGGAUGCACACGACGUUUGUUUUGUCUGACGAGAUCGAAAAGAAAAUGCUUCGCAAUGUCGUCGUUAAUUUUGUCAUAUCCAUCAUCCCUCUGGUCGGCUGGCUUAUACGCCGCAUAUACAGCGUCAACAAACGCAACUACAAGAUCUUGGAUAAGUACAUUAUGUCGAUGCCAUCGAAGAACGACACUACUGUCAGAUCCAAAGGGCGCAGUUAAUCGGGCUUUGCAAUCGGUAUUACAUGUGCCAACCCAUACCGCGACGCAUGAUCACUGUGUUUGCCAAAAUUAAACUUUUCCAUGCUCGGGCCCAGCCUGUGUUCUAGCUGCAAACUUGCUGG